AUGUCUCCCAAAGUCUUCGUCACGGGUGUCACAGGAUACAUUGCCGGCGAUGCUGUCUACAUAUUGGCUGGCACCAUGCCAGAGAUCAACUUCACUUUCCUCGUUCGAAGCAAAGAAAAGGCUUCCGCUGUUCAAGAGGCAUAUCCAAACAGCCGCACCGUGUUGGGAGACCUGGACGACUACGAGCUUUUGGAACAAGAGUCUGCUACAGCAGAUAUCGUCCUUCAUGCAGCAGAUGCUUCAGAUCACGAGGGUGCAGCCAGGGCUAUUGCAGCAGGAUUGGCACGUGGGCACUCUAAAGAACGACCCGGAUACUGGCUACACACUGGAGGAACAGGCAUUUUGUGCUACAAAGACUCCGCAAACAACUUUAAAAGUCUUGGACAAUGGACAGAUGAACAGUACGAUGAUCUUGAAGGCAUUGAUUCCGUGGUAAAUCUUCCUGAUGAAGCCUUCCACCGAAAUGUCGACAAAAUUGUGCUCGAGGCAGGCACCAAGAAUAGAGAGAUUGUGAAAACGGUAAUCAUCUGUCCUCCGACCAUUUACGGCACUGGCCGCGGUCCCGUCAGCCAACGUGGCCGUCAGGUAUAUGAAAUGGCCAAGCUCAUACUCUCUCAAGGAUUCAUCCCAGUUGUCGGGCAAGGAAAGGCGAGAUGGAAUAACAUUCAUGUGGCUGACUUGAGCAAUGUCUAUAAGUCUCUUGUGAUGAAAGCUAUUGCUCACGAUCUCAGUGAGAAUAUUUGGGGCAAGGAUGGAUACAUGUUUGUCGAGAAUGGUGAGCAUGUCUGGACCGAUCUCGCUCAGCUCAUGGCCAAAGAAGCACUGGAACACGGAUACAUACAGGAUCCUCAACACGAAUCACUGAGCAAAGAUGCAGCUCUCGAGCAGGCUGGCUUUGAAGCCGUCAGUUGGGGCCUCAAUUCGCGGGCCAGAGCAAAAAGAGCCGGGAAACACCUUGACUGGAAGGCAGACAGACCAUCACUCGAAGAGACUGUUCCUGAGAUAAUCCGCCAAGAGCAUGACCGCUUGUCGACUACGUAG